AUGACUGCAUCAUAUUUUGCUAUUACAGGUGGAUGUGGUUAUAUUGGUUUACGUCUUGCUCAUUAUUUACUUGAAAUAAAUCAUUCAAAUAUUGUAUUUUUACUUGAUAUUCAUCCUCCAUCGAAUGAUAACCGAUCAUAUAAUUUUGAUUUAAAUCGUUUAAUUUAUCGUUAUUGUGAUAUACGUUCUUAUAAAUCUGUUUAUAAUGCUUUAUUUAAUGUUACAUGUGUAUUUCAUUUAGCUAGUUAUGGUAUGUCAGGUAGAGAAAUGUUAAAUAAAUCAAUGAUAUAUGAAGUCAAUAUAAUUGGUACUGAAAAUAUAAUAAAUGCAUGUAUUCAACAUAAUAUUAAUAAAAUAAUUUAUUGUUCAACAUAUAAUGCUGUAUAUACAGGAAAAAAAGAAUUAUUAAAUGUAACUGAAAAAGAUUGUUCAUAUCCAACACAAGAUAAAUAUUAUGAUAAUUAUAGUCGUACAAAAUCUUUAGCUGAACAAAUGAUUUUAAAAAUUUCUUCAUCAAAACUUUCAACAGUUGUUAUACGACCAGCAGCUAUUUAUGGUGAUGGUGAACAACGACAUUUACCACGUAUAUUAAAUUUAGUACGUCAAGGUUUAGCAUUUUUUGCUAUUGGUCAUAAAAAUAUAUUAUGUGAUUGGAUUUAUGCUGAUAAUUUAGUAUAUGCAUUAAUAUUAGCUGAAAAAUCUUUACCUAAAUAUUCUGGUGAAGUUUAUUUUAUAUCUGAUGAUAAACCAAUUAAUAAUUUUCAAUUUCUAUCACAAUUAACAAAAGGAUUAGGUUAUGAUUAUUGUUUUUUAUUUUAUAUACCAACUAUUAUUAUGUUUUAUUUUGGUUAUUUAAUUGAAAUUAUACAUAAUUUAUUUUCUAAAUAUAUUUAUAAUUUUUCUCCAUUUCUUACACGUGCUGAAGUAUUAAAAGUUGGUGUUACACAUUAUGCAAAUAUAACAAAAGCAAAAAAUCUAUUAGGUUAUCAUGUUAAAGUUAGUCCAGAUGAAGCUAUGCAAAAAUGUAUUCAAUGGUUUGAUGAACAUGGAUAUAGAAAGACAACAAAUCAAAAUAAUUAUAAAUAUAUAUGGUUAAUUUUAAUAAGUUUAGUAAUAUUGAUAAUUUUUACUUUUUUAUAA